AUGCGGCCCACCAGUCUUUAUUAUAUUGGCAGCAACGAUGGUUUAGGUGCCAUGCUUGUCACUCAUACCUUGGACUCCAACAACUACUAUUCUUGGGCUAGAUCUAUGAAGAGGGCCUUGUGGAUUAAGAACAAGCUCGGGUUCAUUGAUGGCACGAUCUGUGAACCUUCUAACCCCAAUGAUCCUCUAAUGGAACAUUGGCCGAGGUGCAAUGACAUCAUGAUAACAUGGAUGCAAGACACAAUGGUAGUUGAUAUCAAGUCUAGCACUAAAUGUGCAGAGACUGCACAUCAGCUUUGGUUGGAGCUAGAACAACGUUUUGCUCAGCAAAAUGCUCCAAGAAUUUUCAAGGUAAAGCAAGGCAUCACAGACCUAAAGUAA